UGGGAAAACCAUUAUAAACUUUGUCUUUGGGAGGCUGGAUUUCUUAAUGAAACACAGAACCACCAUCACAGAAAAGCAAAAAUGGGCCAUCAUCAUGCCAAAGAGAGAAGUCCUGAGGGUUUUGAUGUGGAUCGAGAUGCCAAAAAGCUGCACAAAGCCUGCAAAGGAAUUGGAACUGACGAAGCAGCCAUCAUCGAAAUCCUGUCAAGCAGGACGUCAGAUGAGAGGCAACAGAUCAAGCAGAAGUACAAGACAAAGUAUGGCAAGAACCUGGAGGAGGUGCUCAAGAGUGAGCUGAGUGGAAAUUUCGAGAAGACAGCCUUGGCCCUCCUGGACCGUCCCAGCGAGUACGCUGCCCGUCAGCUACAGAAGGCUAUGAAGGGCUUGGGUACAGAUGAAGCCGUGCUCAUCGAGGUCUUAUGCACAAGAAACAACAAGGAAAUCAGUGCCAUCAAGGAAGACUACCAGAGGCUAUUCGACAAGAGCCUUGAAUCAGAAGUCAAAGGUGACACGAGUGGGAACCUGAAAAAGAUUCUGGUGUCCCUGCUGCAGGCUGACCGUGAUGAAGGGGACGAAGUGGACCAGGAGCUGGCCGGUCAGGACGCCAAAGAGCUGUAUGAUGCAGGAGAAGGCCGCUGGGGCACUGACGAGCUCGCCUUCAAUGAAGUCCUGGCCAAAAGGAGCUACAAGCAGUUACGCGCCACCUUUCUGGCCUAUCAGCUCCUCAUUGGGAAAGACAUGGAAAAAGCCAUUGAAGAAGAAACGUCAGGAGACUUGCAGAAGGCCUACUUAACUCUUGUGAGAUGCGCCCGAGACCUCGAGGGCUACUUUGCUGACCGACUGUACAAGGCCAUGAAGGGCGUGGGAACUGAUGAGGACACGUUAAUCCGAAUCAUCAUCACCAGGGCUGAGGUGGACCUUCAAGGGAUCAAGGCCAAGUUCCAAGAGAAGUAUCAGAAGUCCCUCUCAGACAUGGUCAGCUCAGACACCUCUGGUGACUUCCAGAAACUGCUAGUGGCCCUCCUGCACUGACCCGGGCCAGAGCAGAGGGACUCGGAAACCAGCUUUAUGAAGAACACAUGCCAAAUCAAGCUUGCAAAUAUGCUAGCACAGGAGACCCUUAGACCUGGUUUAUUUUCCUGGCAGUGUAAGUGGUACACCAAGGCCAACGUGUUUAAGUUUAAAGGCAGCAACUCAAAUUGCUUGGGUAGGUCAUCACGAAUCCUGGCUUCUCAAGGGCUAAACCUUCACCUUUCCUUAGCGUAGUCACUAAAUGCUUCCUAACCACAAAAUAAAAUCAGCAGUUGAUGAAAAACUGUAUUUGCAAAUAUUUAGAAAUAUUUAGAAGAAUACAUACUACACAGAGGUGCAUAUGGUCCAGGUAAAGAUUAAAUGGUUAAGGGAAAAUAAAAUUAAUCAAUUCA